AUGGUAAGUUUCAUAACCUCUAGGCAACUCGAGGGUCUAAUUGAAAAUCAGAGGAAGGAUUUCCAAGUUGUUGAUCUUCGGAGAGAAGAUUUUGCACGUGAUCAUAUUACAAACGCUUGGCAUGUUCCAGUAACAGCACAGAUUACAGAGAAGCAACUGAAUCAAUUAAUUACAGGUCUAUCGGAUACUUUCUCAAAUUCUCAAUUCGUCAAAGUGAUAUUUCAUUGUACUGGGUCCAGGAAUAGGGGACCAAAAGUUGCUGCUAAAUUCGAAACCUACUUACAAGAACAAGAUAUUACAAGUAAGUUUGAGAGUUGCAUCCUCGUUGGAGGUUUCUACGCUUGGGAGACCCAUUGUAGAAGGAGUAACCUUAAAUUGAUUGCUAGUGGUUGA